GCCCCCUGGCCCCGGAUGGUGACUGGCGGUGGUGCUGCACCUCCCGGGACUGUCACUGAGCCGCUUCCCAGUGUGAUUGUGCUGAGCGCAGGCCGGAAGAUGGCGGCUGCGGCUGCGGCGGCCUCGGGCUCGGGCUGCUCCUCGGCGGCGGGGGCGGGAGCGGCCGGGGUCUCGGAGUGGCUGGUGCUGCGGGACGGCUGCAUGCGCUGCGACGCCGAAGGGCUGCACAGCCUCUCCUACCACCCGGCGCUCAACGCCAUCCUGGCCGUCACCAGUCGCGGGACCAUCAAAGUCAUCGACGGCACCUCGGGGGCCACUCUGCAGGCCUCAGCGCUCAGCGCUAAACCAGGUGGACAGGUGAAAUGUCAGUAUAUAUCUGCGGUGGAUAAAGUUAUAUUUGUGGAUGAUUAUGCAGUAGGGUGUAGGAAGGACCUUAAUGGAAUCUUGUUGUUAGACACUGCUCUGCAAACUCCAGUUUCAAAGCAGGAUGAUGUGGUUCAGCUUGAAUUACCUGUUACAGAGGCACAGCAGCUCUUAUCAGCAUGUUUAGAAAAGGUAGAUAUUUCUAGUACGGAGGGUUAUGAUUUGUUCAUCACACAGCUCAAAGAUGGUUUAAAAAAUACAUCCCAUGAGACUGCAGCAAACCAUAAAGUUGCUAAGUGGGCCACAGUUACAUUUCAUCUUCCUCAUCAUGUGUUGAAGUCCAUUGCCAGUGCCAUUGUGAAUGAACUCAAGAAAAUAAAUCAAAAUGUUGCUGCCUUACCUGUGGCGUCCUCAGUGAUGGACAGAUUGUCUUACCUCUUACCUAGUGCUCGUCCAGAACUUGGAGUGGGGCCAGGCCGUUCUGUGGACAGAUCAUUGAUGUAUAGUGAAGCUAACAGACGGGAGACAUUUACCUCAUGGCCUCAUGUAGGCUAUAGAUGGGCACAACCAGAUCCCAUGGCUCAAGCUGGAUUUUAUCAUCAGCCUGCCUCAUCUGGAGAUGAUAGAGCCAUGUGUUUUACUUGUAGCGUAUGUCGUUGUUGGGAACCUACUGAUGAACCUUGGUCUGAACACGAGAGACAUUCCCCAAACUGCCCAUUUGUGAAAGGUGAGCACACACAGAAUGUGCCGUUGUCAGUCACUCUCGCAACAAGUCCUGCACAGUUUCCUUGUACGGAUGGAACUGACCGAAUAUCUUGCUUUGGGUCGGGGAGCUGCCCUCAUUUUCUAGCUGCUGCAACAAAACGAGGAAAGAUCUGCAUAUGGGAUGUUUCCAAACUUAUGAAGGUGCACCUAAAGUUUGAAAUUAAUGCAUAUGAUCCAGCAAUUGUACAACAGCUUAUUCUGUCGGGAGAGCCAAGCUCAGCAGUUGAAUCCAGGAGACCAACUUUGGCAUGGCUGGAAGAUUCCUCCAGUUGCUCAGAUAUACCCAAAUUAGAAGGAGAUAGUGACGAUUUACUGGAGGAUUCAGACAGUGAAGAGCAUUCCAGAUCAGAUUCUGUGACAGGGCACACAUCACAGAAGGAAGCCAUGGAAGUGAGCCUUGAUAUAACAGCACUCAGCAUUCUCCAGCAGCCUGAAAAACUCCAGUGGGAGAUUGUUGCAAAUGUGCUUGAAGAUACUGUUAAGGAUCUUGAAGAACUUGGGGCAAAUCCUUGCUUAACAAACUCUAAGAGUGAAAAGACAAAGGAAAAGCACCAGGAACAACACAACAUUCCCUUUCCUUGUUUAUUAGCUGGAGGUUUAUUAACAUAUAAAUCUCCUGCUACCUCACCCAUUAGUAGUAAUUCUCACAGGUCACUGGAUGGUUUAAGCAGAACUCAGGGUGAAAGUAUAUCAGAACAAGGGUCAACUGACAAUGAGUCCUGUACUAAUUCAGAAUUAAAUUCUCCUCUGGUAAGGAGGACUUUACCCAUUUUGCUUCUUUAUAGUAUCAAGGAAUCUGAUGAGAAAGCAGGAAAAAUAUUUUCACAGAUGAACAAUAUAAUGAGUAAAAGUUUGCACGAUGAUGGUUUUACAGUUCCACAGAUUAUUGAAAUGGAGCUGGAUAGUCAGGAGCAGUUGUUGUUGCAGGAUCCUCCUGUGACUUAUAUUCAGCAAUUUGCAGAUGCAGCCGCCAACCUUACCUCUCCAGAUUCUGAGAAGUGGAACUCUGUGUUUCCCAAGCCUGGGACUUUGGUUCAGUGCUUGAGGCUGCCAAAGUUUGCAGAGGAGGAGAAUCUUUGUAUAGACUCCAUAACUCCUUGUGCUGAUGGAAUUCAUUUGUUGGUAGGACUACGGACAUGCCCUGUUGAAUCCUUGAGUGCAAUAAAUCAAGUAGAGGCCUUGAAUAAUUUAAAUAAAUUAAACUCUGCACUAUGUAAUAGACGGAAAGGCGAGCUGGAAUCAAAUCUUGCUGUAGUGAAUGGUGCAAAUAUUAGUGUAAUCCAACAUGAAUCACCAGCAGACGUACAGACUCCUUUGAUAAUUCAGCCUGAGCAGAGGAACGUUAGUGGUGGAUAUUUAAUACUUUAUAAAAUGAAUUAUGCCACUCGGAUAGUGACUUUAGAAGAGGAGCCAAUAAAAAUCCAACAUAUCAAAGACCCCCAGGACACAAUUACCUCGCUCAUUUUGCUUCCACCAGAUAUAUUGGAUAAUCGAGAAGACGACUGUGAGGAGCCUGUUGAAGAAAUGCAGUUAACCUCAAAGAAUGGCAUUGAAAGAGAAAAAAAGGCUGAUAUUUCUACUCUUGGACACCUGGUAAUAACCACUCAGGGAGGAUAUGUAAAAAUAUUAGAUCUUUCAAAUUUUGAAAUUUUGGCCAAAGUGGAACCUCCCAAAAAGGAGGGCACUGAAGAACAGGACACAUUUGUUUCUGUCAUUUACUGCUCGGGUACAGACAGGCUGUGUGCAUGCACCAAAGGCGGUGAGCUUCAUUUUCUCCAAAUUGGAGGAGCUUGUGACGAUAUUGAUGAAGCUGAUAUACUAGUGGAUGGAGCUCUUUCUAAAGGAAUAGAACCAUCUUCAGAAGGUUCCAAACCUUUAUCAAAUCCUUCAAGUCCUGGCAUUUCAGGAGUUGAUUUAUUGGUGGACCAGCCAUUCACCCUUGACAUCCUGACAUCUCUAGUGGAGCUAACCCGCUUUGAGACUUUGACCCCACGGUUUUCAGCCACUGUUCCUCCAUGCUGGGUAGAAGUUCAGCAAGAACAGCAGCAAAGGAGGCAUCCUCAACAUUUACAUCAGCAACACCACGGAGAUGCUGCUCAGCAUACUAGAACUUGGAAACUACAGACUGACAGCAAUAGCUGGGAUGAACAUGUGUUUGAAUUGGUUCUACCUAAAGCCUGUAUGGUGCAUGUGGACUUCAAAUUUGUUUUGAACUCAAACAUCACCAAUAUUCCGCAGAUACAAGUGACACUGCUGAAAAAUAAAGCUCCGGGGCUUAGGGAAAGUCAUGAAACAGCAGUAGAUAGGCAGAUCACCUUUCCUUUGUCUCCAGCUCUUAACAUUGAAGUGGAACAAAAUGGGAAACCGUCCCUGGUUGAUUUGAAUGAAGAAAUGCAGCACAUGGAUGUAGAGGAAUCACAGUGUCUUAGAUUGUGUCCAUUUUUAGAAGAUCACAAAGAAGACAUUCUGUGUGGACCAGUAUGGCUUGCUAGUGGCCUUGAGCUCUCAGGGCAUGCUGGGAUGUUGACAUUAACAAGCCCCAAACUUGUUAAAGGUAUGGCAGGAGGAAAAUACCGUUCCUUUUUAAUCCACGUCAAGGCAGUAAAUGAAAGAGGAAGCGAUGAGAUCUGUAAUGGUGGUAUACGCCCGGUAGUAAGACUUCCAUCCUUAAAACACCAGAGUAACAAGGGUUAUUCACUUGCUUCACUCUUGGCAAAAGUUGCAGCAGGCAAGGAAAAAUCAUCUAACGUUAAGAAUGAAAAUUCAAGUAGCGCCCGCAAAUCUGAGAACCUCCGGGGCUGUGACUUACUGCAAGAGGUCUCAGUCACCAUUCGAAGAUUUAAGAAAACUUCAAUUUCUAAGGAAAGAGUGCAACGAUGUGCUAUGUUACAGUUUUCAGAAUUUCAUGAGAAGCUUCUUAACACGCUUUGUAGAAAAGCAGAUGAUGGCCAAAUCACAGAACAUGCCCAGAGCCUUGUGUUGGAUACCCUUUGUUGGUUAGCUGGAGUACAUUCGAAUGGACCUGGAAGCUCCAAAGAAGGAAAUGAGAGCCUGCUUUCAAAAACACGAAAAUGUCUUUCAGACAUUGUGCGUGUAUGCUUCUUUGAGGCGGGACGCAGCAUAGCCCAUAAGUGUGCCCGAUUUCUAGCCUUGUGCAUUAGUAAUGGCAAAUGUGACCCGUGUCAACCAGGAUUUGGAUCUGUUCUGUUGAAGGCCUUACUUGAGAAUAUGUCAUUUUUACCUGCAGCAGCAACUGGUGGUUCUGUCUAUUGGUAUUUUGUCUUACUGAAUUAUGUUAAAGAUGAAGAUUUGGCUGGGUGCAGUACAGCUUGUGCAUCUUUGCUUACUGCUGUGUCCAAACAGUUACAGGACAGGCUAACGCCAAUGGAAGCUUUACUUCAGACAAGAUAUGGAUUAUAUAGCUCACCAUUUGAUCCAGUCCUCUUUGAUUUGGAAAUGAGCGGCUCUUCUUGUAAAAAUGUGUACAACAGCAGCAUUGGUGUCCAGUCAGAUGAAAUUGAUUUAUCAGAUGUCCUUUCAGGAAAUGGAAAGGUCAGUAGUUGCACAGCUGCCGAAGGUAGUUUCACAUCUCUCACUGGACUUCUAGAAGUUGAGCCCCUGCACUUUACUUGUGUGUCAACUAGUGAUGGCACCAGAAUAGAAAGGGAUGAUGCAAGUACGUUUACUGUGAGUUCCUUCGGGGUUACUCCUGCAGUAGGUGGACUGUCAUCGGGGACAGUUGGGGAAGCUUCGACAGCCCUGAGUUCAGCAGCCCAGGUAGCUUUGCAGUCUCUCUCUCAUGCAAUGGCUUCAGCCGAGCAACAGCUGCAGGUGCUGCAAGAGAAACAGCAGCAGCUUUUGAAGCUUCAGCAACAGAAAGCAAAGCUGGAAGCCAAGUUACAUCAGACAACAGCUGCAGCGGCUGCCGCAGCAUCAGCAGCAUCAGCAGUAGGUCCUGUUCACAACUCUGUGCCUUCCAACCCGGUGGCAGCCCCCGGAUUCUUCAUCCAUCCAUCUGAUGUUAUUCCACCCACUCCAAAAACAACACCACUUUUUAUGACUCCACCACUCACCCCAACCCAAUGAAGCAGUUUCCGUUGUGAUUAUGCCGAACUUGCACAGCUUUUCCCAGGCUCAGUUAUUGAUCCCCCAACAGUCAAUCUUGCUGCACAUAACAAAAAUUCCAACAAGUCCAGAAUGAAUCCACUUGGUUCUGGUCUAGCUCUUGAUUCUCAUGCUUCACAUUUUCUUCAACCUCCACCUCACCAGUCCAUUAUUAUAGAACGAAUGCAUUCAGGGAGAUUUGUGACCUUGGAUUUUGGCAGACCAAUACUAUUGCACAGAUGUAUUGAUUCCACUUGUGGAGACUUGGCCUCCUUGUCAAUUGACAUUUGGACUUUAGGAGAAGAGGUGGAUGGGAGGCGACUGGUAGUGGCAACUGACAUAAGCACCCAUUCACUAAUUCUGCAUGACUUGAUACCACCUCCUGUGUGCAGAUUCAUGAAGAUCACUGUCAUUGGACGUUAUGGAAGUACAAAUGCCAGAGCCAAAAUCCCAUUAGGAUUUUACUAUGGUCAUACGUAUAUCUUGCCUUGGGAGAGUGAACUGAAGUUAAUGCAUGAUCCUUUAAGGGGAGAGGGUGAAUCUGCAAACCAACCGGAAAUUGACCAGCAUUUAGCAAUGAUGGUUGCUCUACAGGAAGAUAUACAGUGCAGGUAUUAGAAAAUUACUUGUCAUCGACUGGAAACCUCUUUUGCAAGUAUCGAUCUUCCUCCUCUCAACAGUGCUAAUGCACAGUACUUUCUGCGAAAACCAGACAAGGCAGUUGAGGAAGACAGUAGAGUUUUUUCUGCCUAUCAAGAUUGUAUUCAGCUACAGCUUCAGCUGAAUUUGGCUCAUAAUGCAGUGCAGAGGCUCAAAGUAGCUCUAGGUACAAGUCGGAAAGUGUUAAGUGAAACAUCAGAUCCAAAAGAUUUGAUUCAGACGUCUUCCACAGAGCAGUUACGUACCAUCAUCAGAUAUUUAUUGGACACUUUGCUCAGUCUUCUUCACUCUUCCAAUGGACACUCUGUUCCUGCAGUUUUGCAGAGCACAUUUCAUGCCCAGUGUGAAGAGCUUUUUAAACACUUGUGCAUCAGUGGAACACCAAAGAUACGAUUGCAUACUGGUCUUCUACUUGUUCAGCUCUGUGGUGGUGAAAGAUGGUGGGGUCAGUUUCUUUCUAAUGUUCUUCAGGAACUGUACAAUUCAGAGCAGCUUCUCAUCUUCCCACAAGAUAGGGUAUUCAUGUUGCUCUCCUGCAUUGGUCAAAGAUCACUUAGCAAUAGUGGAGUAUUAGAAAGCUUACUUAAUCUGUUGGAUAAUUUAUUGUCACCUCUUCAGCCGCAGUUACCCAUGCAUAGGAGGACAGAAGGAGUACUGGAUAUUCCCAUGAUCAGUUGGGUUGUUAUGCUGGUGUCCAGGUUGUUGGAUUAUGUGGCAACUGUUGAAGAUGAAGCAGCAGCUGCAAAGAAACCUUUGAAUGGUAAAGACAGGGAAAGGUUUCUGACAGGUAACCAGUGGAGUUUUAUUAACAAUAAUCUGCACACUCAGAGCAUAAAUAGGUCUUCCAAAGGCAGCAGUAGCCUUGAUAGAUUAUAUUCCAGAAAAAUCAGAAAGCAGCUAGUUCAUCAUAAACAGCAACUUAACCUAUUAAAAGCUAAACAGAAAGCUUUGGUGGAACAGAUGGAAAAAGAAAAAAUACAAAGUAACAAAGGAUCAUCAUAUAAACUUCUGGUAGAGCAAGCAAAACUAAAGCAGGCUACUUCAAAGCACUUCAAGGUUAUUCGGUUACGUCGGACAGCAGAAUGGUCCCGUUCUAAUUUAGAUACAGAAGUUACAACAACAAAAGAAAGUCCAGAGAUAGAACCACUUCCAUUUACCCUGGCCCAUGAACGUUGUAUUUCAGUAGUGCAGAAACUUACUCUGUUUCUUCUCUCCAUGGAUUUUACAUGUCAUGCGGAUCUUUUACUUUUUGUUUGUAAGGUUCUGGCACGCAUUGCAAAUGCCACGAGGCCAACUAUACAUCUGUGUGAGAUUGUGAAUGAACCCCAGCUGGAAAGACUGCUAUUACUUUUGGUUGGAACUGACUUCAAUAGAGGAGAUAUAUCUUGGGGUGGUGCUUGGGCUCAGUAUUCCUUAACUUGUAUGCUACAGGAUAUAUUAGCAGGAGAGCUGCUGGCUCCGGUAGCGGCAGAAGCCAUGGAGGAAGGAGCAGUGAGUGAUGACGUAGCUGCAGCAGCUGGUGACUCUGAUGACUCCCUGCAGCAGUCUUCAGUUCAGCUGCUGGAGACUAUAGAUGAGCCUUUGACACACGAUAUAACGGGUGCACCUCCUCUUUCUUCUUUGGAAAAAGAUAAAGAAAUUGAUCUUGAGUUACUUCAAGAUCUAAUGGAAGUUGACAUUGAUCCUUUAGAUAUUGAUUGAAAAGAUCCUCUUGCAGCCAAAGUUUUUAAGCCAAUACGCAGUACAUGGUAUGACUACUGGGGUGCUGAGUAUGGCACCUACAAUUACAACCCUUACAUUGGAGGUCUUGUUCCUGUAGCAAAGCCACCUGCAAGCACAGAGAAGAAUGGAUCACAGACAGUUAGUGUUCAGUAUCUCAGGUCUCCCAUCUCUGGCCUCCUUUGCACAGAUUUUGUUACCUGCAUACUCCCUGACAUACCUGAUACUCCUGACAGGUUGUUCUCCAUGAGGACACAUUCUUCACCCUAUUCUGCAUUUGGAUGUCAACAUUUUAGUGUAGAAACCCUAGAUGCUCGCCUAGAAGUUGGACUUGAACAACAAGCAGAACUUAUGUUGAAAAUGAUGUCUACCCUGGAAGCAGAUUCCAUUUUACAGGCAUUAACAAAUACAUCACCUACAUUAUCACAGUCUCCCACUGGAACAGAUGAUUCCCUUCUAGGGGGUUUACAAGCAGCGAGCCAGUCCAGCCAGCUUAUUAUACAGUUAUCAUCUGUCCCAAUGUUAAAUGUUUGUUUCAACAAACUUUUUUCCAUGCUUCAAGUCCAUCAUGUCCAGUUGGAAUCACUUCUCCAGUUGUGGCUCACAUUGAGCCUGAAUUCUAGUUCAUCUGGAAACAAAGAAAAUGGAGCAGACAUUUUUUUAUAUAAUGCCAAUCGAAUACCUGUCAUCUCAUUAAAUCAGGCGUCCAUAACUAGCUUUCUCACCGUGUUAGCUUGGUAUCCCAACACUCUUCUCCGGACAUGGUGCCUUGUGCUUCAUAGUCUAACUCUCAUGACAAAUAUGCAGCUGAAUCCUGGUUCAUGCAAUGCCAUUGGAACUCAGGAGAGUACUGCUCAUCUGCUGGUUUCAGAUCCAAACCUGAUUCAUGUAUUAGUGAAAUUUCUUUCUGGCACCAGUCCACAUGGAACAAAUCAACACAGUCCGCAGGUUGGUCCAACUGCUACACAAGCUAUGCAAGAAUUUCUUACCCGAUUACAAGUGCAUCUUUCUUCAACAUGUCCUCAGAUAUUCAGUGAAUUUUUGCUCAAGCUAAUUCAUAUACUUUCUACAGAAAGGGGUGCUUUCCAGACAGGCCAAGGUCCUCUUGAUGCCCAAGUAAAGCUCUUAGAAUUUACCCUGGAGCAGAAUUUUGAAGUUGUUUCAGUUAGUACUAUUUCUGCUGUAAUAGAGUCUGUCACCUUUUUAGUGCACCACUAUAUCACUUGCUCAGACAAAGUGAUGUCUCGAAGUGGAUCAGAUAGCUCGGUGGGUGCUCGAGCAUGCUUUGGGGGACUCUUUGCCAACCUUAUUCGUCCAGGCGAUGCAAAAGCAGUUUGUGGCGAAAUGACAAGAGAUCAACUCAUGUUUGAUUUGUUAAAACUGGUUAACAUUCUAGUACAGCUGCCUCUUUCGGGCAAUAGAGAAUACAGUGCAAGAGUUUCUGUGACCACCAAUACUACAGACAGUGUUUCAGAUGAGGAAAAAGUCUCCGGAGGCAAAGAUGGUAAUGGAAGCAGUAGUAGUGUUCAAGGAUCACCUGCAUAUGUUGCUGACUUAGUGUUAGCCAACCAACAGAUUAUGAGCCAGAUUUUGUCUGCUCUGGGCCUGUGUAAUAGCAGUGCCAUGGCGAUGAUAAUUGGGGCAAGUGGAUUACAUCUCACCAAACAUGAAAACUUUCAUGGUGGGUUAGAUGCUAUCUCAGUUGGGGAUGGAUUGUUUACCAUACUGACAACCCUCAGUAAAAAGGCUUCUACGGUCCACAUGAUGCUGCAGCCAAUUUUAACUUACAUGGCCUGUGGAUAUAUGGGCAGACAAGGCUCUCUCGCUACUUGCCAGUUAUCUGAACCAUUACUGUGGUUUAUUUUGAGAGUAUUGGAUACCAGUGACGCCUUGAAAGCAUUCCAUGAUAUGGGUGGAGUUCAGCUCAUUUGCAACAAUAUGGUUACUAGUACAAGGGCUAUUGUAAACACUGCAAGAAGUAUGGUAUCAACUAUUAUGAAGUUUCUUGAUUCUGGUCCCAAUAAAGCUGUUGACAGCACUUUGAAAACAAGAAUACUAGCUUCUGAGCCUGAUAAUGCAGAAGGGAUCCAUAACUUUGCACCCCUGGGUACAAUUACAUCUAGCAGUCCAACUGCCCAACCAGCUGAGGUGCUUUUACAGGCCACGCCUCCUCACAGGAGGGCUCGCUCUGCCGCGUGGUCCUACAUCUUCCUGCCGGAGGAGGCUUGGUGCGACCUCACUAUUCACCUUCCUGCAGCAGUGCUUCUUAAAGAGAUACAUAUCCAGCCUCACCUUGCAUCUCUUGCGACCUGCCCGUCCUCUGUGUCCGUUGAAGUGAGUGCAGAUGGGGUAAACAUGCUCCCUUUGUCCACUCCUGUCGUCACCAGCGGCCUCACCUACAUAAAAAUUCAGCUGGUAAAAGCUGAAGUAGCUUCUGCUGUCUGCCUUAGACUUCAUCGCCCCCGAGAUGCCAGCACAUUAGGCCUGUCACAAAUUAAAUUACUGGGCCUCACUGCUUUUGGUACCACUUCUUCGGCAACAGUUAAUAAUCCCUUUCUUCCAUCUGAAGAUCAGGUAUCCAAAACAAGUAUCGGCUGGUUACGGUUAUUGCAUCAUUGCCUUACUCACAUAAGUGAUCUGGAAGGAAUGAUGGCAAGUGCAGCUGCACCUACUGCUAAUCUGCUGCAGACUUGUGCUGCCUUACUGAUGUCCCCGUACUGUGGGAUGCACUCACCCAACAUUGAGGUUGUGCUUGUAAAGAUAGGACUGCAGUCCACGAGAAUUGGCCUGAAGCUCAUAGACAUUCUCCUGAGAAACUGUGCAGCAUCAGGCAGUGAUCCUACAGAUCUAAACAGCCCUUUACUUUUUGGAAGACUGAAUGGACUCUCUUCCGAUUCUACGAUAGAUAUUCUUUACCAGCUUGGAACAACUCAGGAUCCUGGAACAAAAGACAGAAUUCAGGCCUUGUUAAAAUGGGUCAGUGAUUCUGCAAGAGUGGCUGCUAUGAGGAGAAGUGGCAGGAUGAGCUACAUGUGCCCUAACUCUUCGACAGUAGAGUAUGGUCUUCUCAUGCCAUCUCCUUCUCAUUUGCACUGUGUAGCAGCAAUUCUGUGGCACAGUUAUGAACUGCUUGUAGAGUACGAUUUACCAGCGCUGCUGGACCGAGACCUCUUUGAGUUACUUUUUAAUUGGUCCAUGUCUCUUCCCUGCAAUAUGGUUUUGAAGAAAGCUGUUGACAGUCUACUUUGCUCAAUGUGUCAUAUCACCCAAAUUAUUUUUUUGCUCAUGGGCUGGAUGGGAAUUACCCCUCCUCCAGUGCAGUGUCACCACAGACUGUCCAUGACUGAUGAUAGCAAAAAGCAAGAUCUUACUUCAUCCUUAACAGAUGACUCUAAAAAUGCACAAGCGCCUCUUGCACUAACUGAAUCACAUUUGGCAACCCUUGCAUCCUCUUCUCAAUCUCCAGAAGCUAUCAAACAAUUAUUGGACUCAGGUUUGCCAUCUCUUCUUGUGAGGAGUCUGGCUAGUUUCUGCUUCAGUCACAUUUCUUACUCAGAAAGCAUUGCUCAGUCAAUAGAUACUUCCCAGGACAAGCUCAGGCGGCAUCAUGUUGCACAACAAUGUAAUAAGAUGCCUAUCACAGCAGACCUGGUUGCUCCCAUUCUUAGGUUUUUGACAGAAGUUGGCAGUAGCCAUGUUAUGAAAGACUGGCUCGGUGGGUCUGAGGUCAAUCCACUGUGGACAGCACUUCUGUUUUUAUUGUGUCAUUCUGGGUCCGCUUCUGGAGGACAUAAUUUAGGUGCACAACAACAGACUAGUGCAAGACCGGCCUCUCUUUCUUCAGCUGCUCCAACAGGAUUGACUACUCAACAGAGGACAGCUAUUGAGAACGCCACUGUUGCAUUCUUCCUGCAGUGCAUUUCAUGCCACCCUCAUAAUCAAAAACUGAUGGCUCAGGUCCUCUGUGAACUUUUUCAAACGUCUCCUCAAAGAGGGAACCUUCCAACAUCAGGGAACAUUUCAGGGUUUAUACGUAGAUUGUUUUUGCAAUUGAUGCUGGAGGAUGAGAAAGUGACAAUGUUUCUUCAGUCUCCCUGUCCACUGUAUAAAGGUAGAAUUAAUGCUACAAGCCAUGUCAUCCAACAUCCAAUGUAUGGAGCAGGGCAUAAGUUCCGUACACUUCAUUUGCCAGUCUCAACAACAUUGUCAGAAGUUCUUGACAGAGUGUCAGAUACACCAAGUAUCACUGCUAAACUAAUUAGUGAACAGAAAGAUGACAAAGAAAAGAAAAACCAUGAAGAGAAAGAAAAAGUUAAGGCAGAAAAUGGAUUUCAGGACAAUUACAGUGUUGUUGUUGCUUCAGGGCUGAAAUCCCAAUCCAAACGGGCUGUGUCAGCUACACCACCACGUCCACCAUCCAGGAGAGGGAGGACAAUUCCUGAUAAAAUAGGAAGUGCUUCUUCAGGAGCAGAGGCUGCCAACAAAAUAAUUACUGUCCCAGUGUUUCACCUGUUCCACAAACUCUUGGCAGGCCAGCCAUUGCCAGCUGAAAUGACGCUUGCCCAACUUUUAACUCUCCUGUAUGACCGAAAACUUCCUCAAGGUUACCGCUCAAUAGAUCUGACUGUUAAAUUGGGAUCUAGAGUUAUCACAGACCCAAGUCUGUCAAAAACAGAUUCUUUUAAAAGGUUACAUCCUGAAAAAGAUCAUGGAGACUUACUUGGUAGCUGUCCAGAAGAUGAGGCUCUCACUCCAAGUGAUGAAUGUAUGGAUGGAGUAUUGGAUGAAUCUUUACUUGAAACCUGUCCCAUCCAGUCACCAUUACGUUUUGCAGGAAUGGGUGGACUGGCUCUUAUUGCAGAACGACUACCGAUGCUAUAUCCAGAAGUAAUUCAACAAGUAAGUGCUCCAGUUGUAACUUCUACCACUCAGGAAAAACCAAAAGAUAGCGAUCAGUUCGAAUGGGUGACCAUUGAACAAUCGGGGGAAUUAGUUUAUGAAGCACCAGAAACCAUUGCAGCUGAACCUCCACCUAUCAAGUCAGCAGUACAGACCAUGUCUCCCAUACCUGCCCAUUCUUUGGCCGCUUUUGGAUUAUUUCUUCGUCUUCCGGGCUAUGCUGAAGUGCUACUGAAAGAGAGAAAACAUGCCCAGUGCCUUCUUCGACUGGUAUUGGGAGUGACAGAUGAUGGAGAAGGAAGUCAUAUUCUGCAAUCUCCAUCAGCCAAUGUGCUUCCAACUCUUCCUUUCCAUGUCCUUCGUAGCUUGUUUAGCACCACACCCUUGACCACUGAUGAUGGUGUGCUUCUGAGGCGGAUGGCAUUGGAAAUUGGAGCACUACACCUCAUCCUUGUCUGCCUCUCUGCCCUGAGCCACCAUGCCCCGCGAGUUCCAAACUCUAGUCUCAAUCAAGCAGAGCCACAGGUAUCGAGCUCUCAUAACCCUACAUCAACAGAAGAACAACAGCUGUAUUGGGCAAAAGGGACUGGCUUUGGAACAGGUUCUACGGCUUCUGGAUGGGAUGUUGAACAAGCAUUAACUAAACAGAGGCUGGAAGAGGAACAUGUUACCUGUCUUCUGCAGGUUCUUGCAAGUUACAUAAAUCCCGUGAGUGGAGCAGUAAAUGGGGAAGCUCAGUCAUCUCAUGAGAGUAGAGUACAGAACAGUAACGCCCUUCCUUCUGUACUUCUGGAGCUUCUCAGUCAGUCUUGUCUCAUCCCAGCUAUGUCAUCUUAUCUACGAAAUGAUUCAGUUCUUGAUAUGGCAAGACAUGUGCCACUCUAUCGAGCUCUGCUGGAAUUGCUCCGGGCCAUUGCUUCUUGUACAUCCAUGGUGCCCCUACUGUUGCCUCUUUCUACAGAGAAUGGUGAAGAGGAAGAAGAACAGUCAGAGUGCCAGACUUCUGUUGGUACAUUAUUAGCCAAAAUGAAGACGUGUGUUGAUACCUACACCAACCGUUUAAGAUCUAAAAGGGAAAAUGUUAAAACAGGAGUAAAACCAGAUGCAUCUGAUCAAGAACCAGAAGGACUUACACUGUUGGUACCGGACAUCCAGAAGACUGCUGAGAUUGUGCAUGCAGCCACUACCAGUUUACGGCAGGCAAAUCAAGAAAAAAAACUAGGUGAAUGUUCAAAGAAGGUGGCUAUGAAACCCAAACCUUUAUCAGUAUUGAAAUCGCUUGAAGAAAAAUAUGUGGCUGUUAUGAAGAAAUUACAGUUUGAUACAUUUGAGAUGGUUUCUGAGGAUGAAGAUGGGAAAUUGGGUUUUAAAGUAAAUUACCACUACAUGUCUCAGGUGAAAAAUGCAAAUGACGCAAACAGUGCAGCCAGAGCCCGCCGCCUGGCCCAGGAGGCUGUUACGCUGUCAACCUCACUGCCUCUUUCGUCCUCUUCGAGUGUGUUUGUGCGCUGUGAUGAGGAGCGACUUGACAUCAUGAAGGUUCUGAUAACCGGUCCAGCGGACACCCCUUAUGCAAAUGGCUGCUUUGAAUUUGAUGUAUAUUUUCCUCAAGAUUAUCCCAGUUCACCCCCUCUUGUGAAUCUAGAGACAACUGGUGGUCAUAGCGUGCGAUUCAAUCCAAACCUUUAUAAUGAUGGCAAGGUUUGUUUAAGCAUCUUAAAUACGUGGCAUGGAAGACCAGAAGAGAAGUGGAAUCCUCAGACCUCAAGCUUUUUGCAAGUGUUGGUGUCUGUUCAGUCCCUUAUAUUAGUAGCUGAGCCUUACUUUAAUGAACCAGGAUAUGAACGGUCUAGAGGAACUCCCAGUGGCACACAGAGUUCUCGAGAAUAUGAUGGAAACAUUAGGCAAGCAACGGUUAAGUGGGCAAUGCUAGAGCAAAUCAGAAACCCUUCACCAUGCUUUAAAGAGGUUAUACACAAACAUUUUUACUUGAAAAGAGUUGAGAUCAUGGCCCAGUGCGAGGAGUGGAUUGCAGACAUCCAGCAGUACAGCAGUGAUAAGCGGGUAGGCAGGACUAUGUCUCACCAUGCGGCAGCUCUCAAGCGUCACACUGCUCAGCUCCGGGAAGAGCUGCUAAAACUUCCCUGUCCCGAAGGCCUGGACCCUGAUGCUGAUGAUGCCUCGGAGAUGUGCAGUGCCACAGCCGGUGCUGAGGGGACUCUAACGCAUGAUCAGGUCAAACCCAGCAGCAGUAAGGAUCUCCCCAGUGACUUCAAGUUAUGAGCUGCGUUGACAUGGACUUCGUAGACAAAGAGGCUUUGAAGCACAAGCCAAAUAUGUCAAUAUUUGUAUGUAAGAAACUAAUUAUGUAAUAGUUAUUGAAACUGAAACUAUACUAUGCCCUUAAGGAGAUCCAGUUUAAUUCAAGGUGAUCUUUUAUUUACCUGUACAAGAGUGUAAACUUUUUUGUGCUUUUAUUUUUCAAUUGUGAGAACCACUGAUUGGUAUGUUCAACAAAUUUGUGUAUACAAAGAAAUGGAUAAAUCACUGAUAUAUAAGGGAAACUACCUUAGGAAAGAAUGUUUACUGAAUGUUUAUUUUAUUUUUUUUUUUACUGUAGAGUGAGGGGUUGUUAACAAAGAAUAUAUAUUGGUCAUUCUUACAACUACUAUUUAAAGUCAGCAACUUUUCACUGAAUUUGAUAGAUUUUAUGUUUGGCCAUAUCUUCAUGCUCAUAUUUGAUUUCUGAAGACCUCCUACAUACACUUAAAUAAAAGUUAAAUGGACAUACUCCCUCUUUUUUGAUUUACUGGUACAUUUUUUAAAUGAUAAAUAUGCCAUAAAAUGCAUUAUAGCUGGAGACUUGCACUUGUAUGGAUGAAUUUAUUACAUUCAACGUAUUUAAUUUUAUGCCUUCUAAUUCUAAGAUGCAGAAAAAAAUAAAUGAACAUGAUUUUAUUCUAUGCCAACAUUUGGGCCUGUGAAUGUAUCCGUUAUUUGAAUUUAAGUAUAUGAAAAGGAAUGGUCAAUUUGAAAAGUCACUCUAAACUGAUUUUUUCCUAAAGGGCUCCUUUUUUCCUGGACUCUGGUUUUAUUACUAAAGUCACAUGUAUGUAUUAAACAUUGAGGCUCUGUAGAGCAGAGAGGAUACCUCUCUGGUGCUGUUACAGUACAUUCUGUACCUGCCAUAUAGGCUCAUUUUCAUGCAAAUUCUUCCUAGAGCCAAAUAAAUAAAGACUUAGGUGUA